AGAGAUUGGGGAUUACUAAAAAAAUAAAAUAAAAAUAAAAAUUGGGGAGGAUGUUAAGCUAGAAUGGAGUGAAGAAAGAAAGAAAAGAGAAAGAAGAGAAGAGAAGAGAAGAGAGGGCGAAUGAGAUGACGGUUGCAGCGGGAGUUGGGUAUGCCUUGAUAGCAUUGGGACCUUCUCUUUCCCUCUUCCUCUCAGUUAUCUCCAAAAAGCCUUUUCUCAUCCUCACCGUCCUCUCAAGUACCCUGUUAUGGCUAAUAAGCCUGAUCAUAUUGUCUGGACUAUGGAGGGCGUUUCUUCCUAUGAAAUCGGAUACAUGGUGGCUUUAUGGAGUCCUUUUAUUCACCGCGGUUGCCUUUCAAGAGGGCCUGCGGAUUCUCUUCUGGAAAGUCUACAAGAGACUGGAAGAUAUUUUGGAUACUUUUGCUGAUAGAGUCUCAAAACCACGCCUAUUUCUGACAGACAAGAUGCAAAUUGCUCUGGCUGGUGGUAUGGGCCAUGGAUUAGCACAUGCUGUAUUUUUCUGUCUUAGCCUCUUGACACCAGCAUUUGGACCAGCAACAUAUUUUGUUGAUAACUGCUCCAAGAUACCAUUUUUCCUUGUUUCUGCAAUCAUUGCUCUUGCAUUUGUUACCAUUCACACUUUCUCAAUGGUCAUAGCAUUUAAUGGAUAUGCUGAAAAGAACAAAGUGGACCAGUUUUUUGUUCCUGCAGUUCAUCUUGUUGCAGCUAUGGGGACACUUGUUAAUUUCGCAUCGGGAGGUUGCAUUAUCGCUAUUCCUCUACUUUACUUUGUCACAUUCUUGACACUCUUAUAUUGUGGGAAGAUGGUGCGGAGAAGGUUGACUGAAGAUCAAAAUAGACAGUAGUUAAUUCCUUGUAGCCUGCCAAUUUUGUGAAAUCUCCCAUUUUCGAUUUCCAUUGUGUAGUUAUCUUAGUGUGUGCUAACUGAGAAGGAUAGCUGAAAUACAACAUGGCAAAUUCAAGAAGCCAUAGAAAAUGUUUUCUUUAUGCUUUAGGUUCACUAUCUUAAAUGUUGAAACUAAUCUGCUACCAGAUUAGUCAUAUAUUGGACCCUUAGUUCACCUCAUAUUAUUCUUUCCUUUUUUUCCCUUUCAAAUCUAUGCCAAACAACCUUGCAUCGAAUCCAUAUGAUGGGUGACUAAGUCUUUGUAUGUAUUGGCAAGGUAGGUGAUUUUCACUUUUUCCUUUUCUAAUAUAUAUGAGAAUUAGCUUGUUUUGAUA